CCAUUCUUUUUCGAGGGCAUGUCUAUGUUCGACUUGUUCAAAGCAAAAGUAAAUAAAGAUUAUGCUGAUAUUUAUGAGCGUUCAAAAUCAAAGGGAUUUGAUAAACCGCACCAACUUGGGCCAAUUCCUGUUUACAGACCUGCUGACAGAAUGCUCACCUUCGUCUCUACUCUAGGUAUAAAGCUGGCUCCUCUGGGAGCGUCCGAAGUACUUGAGGCCAACCAGGCUCAUUAUUUUUCAGAAAGGCCCUUUCACAGGUCUGUACAAGCUUUGCUGUUGGGCUUCAAAACUCCUAAAUCAAUAAAGAGAAGAAUUCAUUUUAUAACGCAAAGGAUAGCUCAAGCUGGAAUCGCUAAAAAAGUAGAAGCUGAUGUCUACGUUGAAUUUAUAUUGAGCGUUUAUCCAGCAAGCUUAUUCGACAUUCACAAAUCGGAAAUUCCACGAAAUUCACUCGAAGUUAACUGGAAAGCUCUAAAUUACAGUACAUUUUGUGAGAUAUUUUAUGGAUACAUUGCAUUGUUAGUCUUGGUAUUGAUUGUUCAACUUGUUGAGAUACUAAUUGUCCUGCUAUAUAAGCGUCAAAGGAUAAGAAAUGCAAACUGAAGUGCUUUGAAGCUAUAAACCCAACCAAUGUCUUAACCAACCUAACAAACAGACAAUUAAAAGUUAAUUCAUUAAA